GGAUUACUGUAAAGGGACAGGUUCCAGGAUGCUAGCGGCACGGAACAAGGAAGACGUGCAAACCAGGAACUGCAUCUUGUGUGCUAUCAAUUCUCUGAAAAGUCUGCUGACAACCAUGGGCUUUUUCAACAAAUUGACCAGGCUUUACUUCUGGAAGAACUGGGAUAUUUUCACAUCAGACCAACAUGACCAACACCAAGCAACAGAAGAAUACAACCCUAGUGCUUUCCACAGUAAUGUCAGUCUGGGAAAUCCACGCAAAGAGAGGGGAAUUAAAAGAGUCUGUAACUCAGAGCAGCUUAUUAAACCAAGCAUGUCAAUUUUAAAAUAUUUCAUAUCUAAGAAAUCACAACAUGACCCACAACGAACAGCCUCCAGAGGACAUAAAGCCUCCAGACCACUGGCAAUUGAGCGUUAUACACUCCAUAUACAGAUAUACAGUCCAUACACUCAGCUCAUCGAUGAUGAGUUGCAGAAACUGAGAAGGACCAUGCAGAUUACAGACUACAGCAGUAUAAGAAGUUUACAACAGAAAACCCAGUCUGGGGAACAGGUGUCUGAAAAAGCAGAAAAAUACGACAUACGGGAUUACUACAGUCAUGCGAGUCUGAGAAAUCCAAUCAUAGAGGAGGAAAGUGAAAAAGUUCACGCCAAGUUUUUCACGAAACCAAGCCUGUCCCGAAAGAAACCUCUAAUUGACCCACAACAACCAGAUUUUACACUGGAGAAGUCCAAAGAGUUCCUCAGAGGACUGGCAGCUGAGCUGAACGGAGUGUCUCGGGGCCCGGCAUGUCUCAGAGAGGAUAAAGCUUAUGUACCUGAGGAUUUGAAUAAACCGAAGAAGAGCAUACAGAUGCCCAUCACAAACAACAGCAUCAAAAACCUACCACAGAAAAACAUGUCUGAGUUGCCGCACCAUAGUAAACCGAAGUCUGAAAAAACAGGUGGUUUAAAGAUUCCCAAGAAAGAGUCGCAAAACAUCACAAGACCAUCAGCCAAAGUGAUUCUGGAUCUGAACACUGCGAAUCCCACUCUCAAGCUGUCUCAGGAUGGACGCUCUGUGAGAACAAAGACCCACAAAGAGUUUAAUUCCAGCAAGAGUUACUAUGGAUACCAAGGAAAAUCUAAACAUCAGUAUAAUGGCUGGACGUGUGUCCAAGCUCGAGAGGGCUACAGCACAGGCAGGCAUUACUGGGAGGUAGAUGUAAAGGGGAAAUGUGAUUGGAGAAUAGGUGUAGUGAGUGAAUCUGCUCCACGCAAUGGCUUUAUUAACCUGAACACAGACAGAGGGUACUGGACUCUGCGUCUGCAGUUAGGCUCUCUCAUGGCGAUGACUGUACCAGUCACCAAACUCAAUCAGGUGGCGCCUUCUAAGAUAGGAGUGCACCUAGAUUUGGAGGAAAGUCAGGUUUCUUUCUAUGAUGUAAGGAAAAGUAAACAUAUUUACACAUUUCAAGCAGAUUUCAGUAAGCGUGAGAAUAUCUACCCUGUGUUCGGGACCGUGGAGACAGAUAAACCUCUAAGGAUUAUCUAAACAUGCCGUUUAAUCGGUCUUUACGUUGAUUUGAACAUACCGUAGGGAAAUAGAGCUUCUUCUAUCGUAAUAAUGAUAAUGAGUCUUUAUUGGUCACAUAUACAUUACAGCAGAGUGAAAUUCUUUUCUUCGAAUCCCCGAGCAUGUUAGGAAGCCGGGGUCAGCGCACAGGAUCAGCCAUGAUACAGCGCCCCCUGGAGCAGAGAGGGUUAAGGACCUUGCUCAAGGGCCCAACAGUGACAGAUUGGCAGUGCUGGGGCUUGAAUCCC